AUGUCAAACCAGCUUUCUGCAUUAGAAAUCCUGUUCCCUAAUGUGAACGAAACAAUUUUACAGACAACUUUGAACAGCGCCAACGGAGACGUUGAGAUGGCUAGCAACAUGAUUUUAAGUGAACAGGAAGCUAUAAGUCAAAUGAGAGAAAAAGGUCAAGAGUUGUCUGAGAGCGACUUUGAAAGCAGCCCUACUUUACCCAGCUGUCCCAGCAGUGAAGGUGGGAACGGUCGAGGUAGACCAGAGAGUCAAAAAGGUGCCGUUAAUUUAAAAAAGCGGUUAUACAGGCCUGUGCAUUCCUUUCAGAAGCUAGAAAACACAGGCUCUACUUCCGCGCCUCUAUCCCAGAAGAAAGUCUGGGCCACCUCCGGCGACCACGUCCGUGAGAUUGUGAGCUAUACGGAUGUAUCAUCUGCCACCGCACACGCAGCCUUUUACAAGAGAUCUUUGGAUCCUGCGCGGGCGGUCGUAGAUAUUAUAUACCACUACGAAGAAUAUCUUUCUGAGCUUGAAAAAUCACGGUCUGAAACUACUUCAGCUGCGAGUCAACAUGGUGUAGAAAAUCCGAUGACGAAAGUGGGUGGCCGCGUACAGUCUUCACAGGGCUUGGCGCAUAGCAAACAAACAAAUUUUGACGCCAAGGAGAGCACACAAACUGAAGGUAAGCAAAAUACGAGCGUACCCGCCCCUCAAACUAGCGACACCGACUACCAGAAUUUAGAGGACGAGCUCAAUGAACUUAAGACCAUAGUUACAAGUAAUCCGUUGUUGAAAGCCGUGAGCCCGUACUUUCUCAAAACGGCACUAAGGUUCUACCGUGGAGAUGUGCUGAGGACCACAGUGGUGGCUGCCUACAUCAUCGAAAACAAUUGUGCGCAAUACACGUUUAUCGAUGCCUCUGCAAAUACUAUUCCCAAUGAAAAUCACGAAAGCAAACUCAAAUCCAAAAGCCCGGUAAUACCUUCCGACGUAGGCCUCCAUAAUCAUCUUCUAGCGCCAAACUCUUUCGCCAGCGACGCAAAUUAUGAAAAGGCACUCCGCAUUUGCGAAACCAUGUUUGAGACUUACACCGCAGAUCUGCAUGGAUUUUUGCCACAUGAAGCCGUCCUAAUAGCACAGACGUGCUUGAAGAGAUGGUGGGACGAGGAGUCUAAUCUUCGCGAGCUUAAUGCCCACCGAAUUAACCUCAUCAAGGCUCAAAACGUUGCGUCUUUUAAAAUCAUAACUGGACGGGGGCUGCACAGUCUUGGAGGUAUCUCGAAAGUGAGAAUAAAGAUAAAGAGAUUUCUAGAAGAGAGCAGCUACGCUUACAUUGAAGAAGCUUCUUUCUUUAUCAUCGAAGGAAAGCGUACAGUCGUAUUACCUAAAAAGCGUUAA